UCAAUAUUUUGUCAAACUUUUGGAAGCACAUGUUUCGAAAGCAGCACUAAAAAAGAAAAAAACAAUUUCGUAAAAAUGUUGCGACGUCAAGCAAGAUUACGUCGAGAAUAUUUAUACAGAAAAACUGUCGAAGCAAAACAAAAAUCAAUUCAAGAUAAAAAGGAUAGAUUAAAACAUCAUCUAGAAGAAAACAAAACAAUUCAUGGUGAUUUACAAUCAAAAGCUUUACACUAUCAAAACAAAAUCGAAUGGGAAGAUGGUGGCCCAGAGCUAGCCGCUUUAGUUGGUGGUGAAAGUGGAGGUGCAGUUGCAAAUUCUCAAGAUGAUGAAUAUCGAUAUGCUGGGGUAGAAGAUCCGAAAAUUGUUAUAACAACCUCCCGUGAUCCAAGUUCUCGAUUAAAAAUGUUCGUUAAAGAAUUACGUUUAAUAUUCCCAAAUGCACAGCGUAUGAACCGUGGUAAUUAUGAAAUGAAACAGUUGGUUAAUGCUUGUCGGGCAAACGAUGUUACAGAUUUUAUAAUUGUUCACGAACAUCGGGGUGUUCCAGAUGCUUUAGUAAUUUGCCAUUUACCAUAUGGGCCAACAGCAUAUUUUAAUAUGUCGGAUGUUGUAAUGCGUCACGACAUUCCAGACAUUGGUACUAUGUCCGAACAGUAUCCACAUUUAAUAUUUCAUAAUUUUAAAACCAAAUUAGCCGAACGAACAAUGAAUAUUUUGAAGUAUUUGUUCCCAGUACCUAAAGAGGAUUCGAAACGUGUAAUUACUUUCGCUAACCAUGAUGAUCUAAUUGUAUUCCGACAUCAUACGUAUAAAACUGUAGAUAGAAAAGUUGAGUUAAAUGAAGUUGGACCUCGAUUUGUAUUAAAAUUGUAUCAAAUUAAAUUAGGAACCUUAGAUGUAGAAGAUACCUCUGAAAAUGAAUGGGUGUUACGACCAUAUAUGAAUACAGCACAUAAACGUCGGUUUUUUAGCGAUGAAGACGGUUGGAAACAAGAAGAUGAAUAGUUUGUUAAUAUUUUGUAAAUU